AUGAGCGCACCGAACCCGAGAAGAUUCGAACAGAUGUACGAAGAUUUCCGCAACCCCAAUAGGCAGCGGGUCAGUUUUUCGAAAGUUAAAUCAUCUUCAAGUCCCAAUUUUCAGUUGGAGCAGGAGAACCAACGUGUUCAGCUGCCCAACCACGCGGCAGGACACGGAAAUGUAAAUAAUUCCCUUGAAGUUUCUUAUAUUUUCCCCAUUUUUCUAGAGACGUCAAGAAAUCCCGGCCGUCGCAAUCGAGAUGGGCUCGGAUUUGGAGAUGAACGGGCCCAGGCAACUGCCUGCCCCACUGCCCUUGAGAAAUAUUCUCAACAUGAGAUUUGUUAGUUUCAUUCUUUUUUCUCGAGAAAACUUGACUUUUCGCUUUAAAAUAUUCAUUUUAAUGAGAAAGACAACAUUAUUUUGAUUCAGCAUGACAUAAAAAAUCGUAAAUCUCCUGAAAUUCUAUGUUACAGGCGCAGUUGCCCGACAAUCGACUGCGAGGAAUAGAGGAGGUUCGUAUUCUCUUACCAAAACUGUCAAAUAUUAUUCGUAACUUUGAUCUAUUUUGAUAGUUUAAAAAUAUCCUUUCUACAAUUUAGAAUAAAUUGAUGAAUUUUUUGUCUAUGAUUUUAUGAAAACUCCAUUUAUCUCCAUAGAAUGUUUCUUAACUUUCCUUUCAAAGAAUUUCAAAAACUCAAUAGCUGAGUCCAAGCCACCAUUUUCCAGGACGAAUCGUCCGAAGAGGAAGAUCGCCUUCCUCAACGUGCUCCAGCUGCUGGAGCAGAGCCAGCUCCUCGGCGGAUGCUGCUGAUAGCCCACGACCCGUUCCGCUGGCGUCGGCGGGUACCGCCACAGGGUCAGGGCGAAGACGAGGAAGAAGAAGAAGUCGCGAGAGCUCCGAUCCCGGAUGAAUCGGUAGGAGCACCUUUUCAGUCUACAACAGAAGCCUCAAGCUUUUCCAAAACUAUAGGAGAAGCUUCAAAAACUCUCCCAAUCAACCUUUAUCAUCUUUCAGGACUCGCAAGAGGAAGAGAUGGAGCCCGUCCGAGCAGCUCCUCAGGCCGUCUACCGCGGGCGGCGCUGA